AUGUCCUCUACUGCCGUCCCGAAGCGCGCGAAGUCCUCGAAGCGGGUCCUCCCCCUGGAGGAAGCGCGGGAGAGGAUGAGGGACUUGCACAUGACGGAGCCCGACGGUGCGGCGGAGCCCGCGGAUCACCUGACGUGGGGUGGGAUGGCCUCGAAGGCCUUGGACUCGUACUUCGCGGCUCCCGAGAGAGGCCCUCGGGCCGAAGGGGACGAGUUCGCGGAGUACGUGGUCCGGGUGGUAAGCCCCUUCCUGCCGGAGCCGAAGCCUGCAUGGUACACCCCGACGCUCUCGGCCGCGGCAACGCGUGUGAUCGCAGCCCUCCGCAACACCGCCCCGCCCACGACGCCCACCUACCAGGAGCGCCUGCUGGCCCUCAAGAACAAGUUCCCGGAGAGCCCCGACGAGUCGGUGGCUGGAGAACCGGCUGCCGACCUGCCAGCCGCUGAAGAACCGGCCCCCCCGGUGCCCUCCGCGCGCACUCGGUCCAAGGCGAAAGGGCGCGUCCA